AUGCGGCUGCAAUGGUGGAUGUGCGGAUUGUUUUGGUGUUUGGCGCCCGGGGUGGCUUUGAAACACAGGGGGCGUGUUGAGCAUUGCCACAUCUUCACUAUGUGGAACUACUCGCGUCCAGUUCCAGAGUACAUCCACCUGAACCUGCAGAGCUGGGAGCUCGCCUCCCAGGGCCGCUGUGGGAAGCCGGUCUUGAUCAACAGGACCAACGUCCGGCACUGGAUCCCGGAUGCCCCAGAGGAGCUGUUCAGGCUUCCAUACGAGGCGGCCGAGUCCGAUGCCAUCCGCUACGCACUGAUCUACCACAAUGGGGGCGUGUACAUGGACACCGACUUCUUAGCCAUCGACAUGACAUCCAUCAUUGAUCGGAUCCAGGACCACGACAUCAUCACAUACACUGCAGAGGGGCAAAAGUUCGAGAAAGGCCAGUUUAGCUCCAACUUCCUUGCUGGCCGCAAGGGCAGCAAGGUGAUGGGUGCAAUAUGGAAGUCCCAGAAGGAGCACAUGCAGCAUCAUUGUCCCAAGGACAUGGUCCCCAAGUCCGGCAUGUGUUGCUACGACGACCCCUCCGUGCCCUGCUCCGUCCGCUGGGCGGGCGUGGGCGAAGGGAUCUCCCACCCGGCCCUCCAAACGCUUUUCAGGGCGAAGGAGCCCUUCAAGAGCUACAUCUUUGACGGCGACGAGAGCUUCGUCCCGACUGGUUUAGUGGAGGUCCUCAAGCGCAAGCUUUCUGUCAGCGACGCCCUGGCGUAUUGGGAGCGGCGGUCGGUGAAGCAGCCGUUGCAACGCAAGCUUUACCACCUCUUCAACUCCCAGGGCUUCGCAGACGCCUACUCCUGCUACGACCUGACGGCCGACAACACCACGGUGGCUGGGGCGCUUUACAAGCGAAGCCAGGUUAAGCGAUCCAUCGCAGCACAUGAUGGGCCCACAUCAAAGUGCGCCAACGAUGGAGGUCUUUGCCGGUGUACUGGAAAUGUUUUCUACGGCCGACGUUUCGUGUGUGGUGGCACGCAGCAGACGGACCUUGCCGGCCUGCUGGAGACGCAGCACUUCUCCAAGGCAGUAGCCUCCGAGAUCCGCUGCGGUGCCCAGGACUUCGGAGGAGAUCCCCUCUUCGGCGUCGCCAAGCACUGCAUCUGCGUGCAGCUGUGA